AUGGAAAAUCAAUUGAAAAGAACAUCGUGCAAUAGUAAAUUAUGGUUUACUUUAUUAGUAGUGGUUAUCAUAUUAGUGACAUUUUUAUGGCCACGAAAAACGGAAAAAAUUAAUGAUCCUCAAGAAAAAGUAAUAACUCCUGAACAAUUGAAAAACUCGUUGGAGGAAGAUGAUACACUUAUUGAGUUACAGGAAGGAAUAGCGUCCGGAAGAAAAAAAUUAGAAGAUCUGAUGAAUGAUAUACGCGUAAAAGAAGAACAACUACGGACUCUAAACUCCAAAAUAGAGGACAAAAACUAUGAAAUAAAGGAAAAAAAUGAUGAAUGUACUAGCCUGAUCAAUCUUAUAUCGGAGAAGAAACGAACGGGUAAGACGGUAGAUGUACAAAUAGAGGAAAAAACGGAAGAAUGUACGCGUCUUGACGGUCAAAUUUCAGAGAAAACCAAAAUUAGUGACGGUAUCGAUUCCCAAAUUAAAACCAAAGCUGAGAAACGAGAUCUUCUAGAUCAUGAAAUCUCCGUAAAAAACCAGAAAAACAACGAUCUAGAUUCUCAAAUAAACGAAAAGUUUCAAGAAAUUGAUCGGCUCGGAAAACUUAUAGCGGAAAAAAUAGAAUCAAUUAAAACUAUAGACAUACAGAUACAGGAGAAAAAUAAUGAUUGCAAUCGUCUCAACGGUCUAAUUUCAGAAAAAACGAAAAUAAAUGAGAAUCUCAAUUUCCAAAUUAAAACAAUUGCUGACAAACGUGAUCUUCUUGACCGUGAAACAUUCGAGAAAACCCAGAAAUAUAAGGGUCUAGAAGCUCAAAUAAAGAAGAAAUCUAAAGAAAUUGAUCGGCUCGAAAAACUUAUAGCGGAAAAAAUGCAAACAACUAAGACCAUAGACGUACAGAUACAGGAGAAAAAUAAUGAUUAUGAUCGUCUUAACGGUUUUAUUUCAGAAAAAACCAAAAUAAAUGACGAUCUCGAUUCCCAAGUUAAAACUAAAGCUGAGAAACGUGAUCUUCUUGACCGUGAAAUAUUCGUGAAAAACCAAAAAAACAAAGAUCUAGAUUCUAAAAUGAACGAGAAAUCUAAAGAAAUUGAUCGGCUGGAAAAACUUAUAGCGGAAAAAAUACAAACAACUCAAACCAUAGACCUACAAGUACAGGAGAAAAAUAAUGAUUAUAGUCGUCUUAACGGUUUUAUUUCAGAAAAAACAAAAAUCAAUGACGAUCUCGAUUCCCAAGUUAAAACCAAAGCUGAGAAACGUGAUCUUCUAGAUCAUGAACUCUCCGUAAAAAACCAGAAAAACAACGAUCUAGAUUCUCAAAUAAACGAAAAGUUUCAAGAAAUUGAUCGGCUCGGAAAACUUAUAGCGGAAAAAAUAGAAUCAAUUAAAACUAUAGACAUACCGAUACAGGAGAAAAAUAAUGAUUAUGAUCGUCUUAACGGUUUUAUUUCAGAAAAAACCAAAAUAAAUGACGAUCUCGAUUCCCAAGUUAAAACUAAAGCUGAGAAACGUGAUCUUCUUGACCGUGAAAUAUUCGUGAAAAACCAAAAAAACAAAGAUCUAGAUUCUAAAAUGAACGAGAAAUCUAAAGAAAUUGAUCGGCUGGAAAAACUUAUAGCGGAAAAAAUACAAACAACUCAAACCAUAGACCUACAAGUACAGGAGAAAAAUAAUGAUUAUAGUCGUCUUAACGGUUUUAUUUCAGAAAAAACAAAAAUCAAUGACGAUCUCGAUUCCCAAGUUAAAACCAAAGCUGAGAAACGUGAUCUUCUAGAUCAUGAAAUCUCCGUAAAAAACCAGAAAAACAACGAUCUAGAUUCUCAAAUAAACGAAAAGUUUCAAGAAAUUGAUCGGCUCGGAAAACUUAUAGCGGAAAAAAUAGAAUCAAUUAAAACUAUAGACAUACAGAUACAGGAGAAAAAUAAUGAUUAUGAUCGUCUUAACGGUUUUAUUUCAGAAAAAACCAAAAUAAAUGACGAUCUCGAUUCCCAAGUUAAAACUAAAGCUGAGAAACGUGAUCUUCUUGACCGUGAAAUAUUCGUGAAAAACCAAAAAAACAAAGAUCUAGAUUCUAAAAUGAACGAGAAAUCUAAAGAAAUUGAUCGGCUGGAAAAACUUAUAGCGGAAAAAAUACAAACAACUCAAACCAUAGACCUACAAGUACAGGAGAAAAUAAUGAUUAUAGUCGUCUUAACGGUUUUAUUUCAGAAAAAACAAAAAUCAAUGACGAUCUCGAUUCCCAAGUUAAAACCAAAGCUGAGAAACGUGAUCUUCUAG